CACUUUGCCUCACUCUACCUCUCACCUUCCGCUGUGCCAGACCGGGGCAUCCGACACGCAGAACAAAAACAAGCUCCGAGCAUUCGUCAAACGAGGCCGGGUUAGAGAAGCAGAGGCAAACGCUAAGCAAUUGCUCAAAUUUGAUUUUAAAGCGGUUGCCUGUUAAAAGGUGAGAGCUACACCUCUUUCACCAGUACUUUGAAGAAAACGGCCAGUUAAGCGUUUUGAUCAGGCCGAAAAUAUAUAGUGUUUCCAGGAUGGCCGAUCCUACCGCAGAAUGUAACGUCAGGGUACUCUGCCGCUUUCGUCCCCUGAACCAAGCCGAAAUCCUUCGCGGGGAUAAAUUCCUUCCCAAAUUUCAAGGAGACGACACCGUCGUCGUUGGGGGGAAGUCCUAUGUGUUUGAUCACGUGUUUCCCACCAACACCACACAGGAGCAGGUCUACAACACCUGCGCCAAGCAGAUCGUCAAAGAUGUGCUGGGCGGUUACAAUGGGACUAUUUUUGCCUAUGGACAGACCUCCUCUGGAAAGACCCACACCAUGGAGGGUAAGCUUCAUGACCCUCAGCAGAUGGGAAUCAUUCCUCGGAUAGCAGAGGACAUCUUCAAUCACAUCUUCGCCAUGGAUGAAAACCUGGAGUUCCACAUCAAGGUUUCCUACUUUGAAAUCUAUAUGGAGAAAAUCCGGGACCUUUUGGAUGUGACUAAGACUAACCUGGCCGUGCAUGAGGAUAAGAACAGAGUUCCCUACGUGAAGGGCUGUACUGAACGUUUCGUGUCCAGCCCAGAGGAAGUGAUGGACGUGAUUGACGAGGGGAAAUCCAAUCGCCACGUCGCUGUCACCAAUAUGAAUGAGCACAGCUCUCGCAGCCACAGUAUCUUCCUCAUUAACAUAAAGCAGGAACACGUGGAGACGGAGCAGAAGCUGAGCGGGAAGCUCUACCUGGUGGACCUGGCGGGGAGCGAGAAGGUCAGCAAGACAGGUGCAGAAGGCGCGGUCCUGGACGAGGCCAAGACCAUCAACAAGUCUCUAUCGUCGCUAGGCAACGUCAUCUCAGCGCUGGCCGAGGGGACGAAAACCCAUGUCCCGUACCGGGACAGCAAGAUGACCCGAAUCCUGCAGGACUCUCUGGGAGGGAACUGCCGCACCACCAUGUUCAUCUGCUGCUCCCCGUCCAGCUACAAUGAUGCAGAGACCAAGUCCACACUGAUGUUCGGUCAGAGGGCGAAGACCAUCAGGAACGCAGCGUCUGUGAACCUGGAGCUGACCGCGGAGCAGUGGAAGAGGAAGUACGAGAAGGAGAAGGAGAAGAGCAAGACGCUGAAGGAGACCAUCGUCAAGCUGGAGGCAGAGCUGGGCCGCUGGCGCAGCGGGGAAGAUGUUCCUGAGACGGAGCAGCUGAGCGCAGGGGAGGUGAAGGCGGAGUCUGUGGAGGACACGCCCCUGGACAACAGGAGCUCCUCCUCCAUCGUGGUGCGGAUCUCCGAGGAGGAGAGGCAGAAGUAUGAGGAGGAGAUUCGCAAGCUGUACAGACAGCUUGACGACAAGGACGAUGAGAUUAACCAGCAGAGUCAGCUGGUGGAGAAGAUGAAGGAGCAGAUGCUGAACCAAGAUGAGCUGCUGGCGUCCACACGGGGGGACAGUGAGAGGGUGCAGGCGGAACUGUGCAGGCUCCAGGCAGAGAGCGAGAGCGCCAACACGGAGGUGAAGGAGGUGCUGCAGGCCCUGGAGGAGCUCGCGCUCAACUACGACCUCAAGAGCCAGGAAGUGGAGGAGAAGAGCCUGCAGAACAAGCUGCUGGCGGAGGAGCUGGCGGAGAAGAUGGCCGUGCUGAUGGCGCUGGAGGCGGAGCUUUCCCGCAUGCAGGAGGAGAGCGGUCUGCAGAGGAAGCGUAUCGCCGAGGUGCUGAACGGGCUCAUGCGCGACCUCAGCGAGUUCAGCAGCAUCGUGGGAAACGGCGAGAUCCGGCUGCCGGUGGAGAUCAGCGGGGCGAUCGAGGAGGAGUUCACCGUGGCGCGGCUCUACAUCAGUAAGAUCAAGUCGGAGGUGAAGUCCAUGAUGAAACGCUGCAGACACCUGGAGAACCUGCAGCUGGAGUGCCACCGUAAGAUGGAGGAGACGGGCCGAGAGCUCUCCUCCUGCCACCUGCUCAUCUCACAGCACGAGGCGAAGAUCCGCUCGCUGACGGAGUACAUGCAGAACGUGGAGCUGAAGAAGAGGCAGCUGGAGGAGAGCUAUGACGCUCUGAGCGAGGAGCUGGAGCUCAGCCGCCUGCAGGCCGAGGAGGGCACGCAGGAGGGGGCAGCUGCAGACACGCCACAGGACUCUGCUGAAGGAGGUGAUGUCAAGAGGGCAGUGGAGCAGCAGAUGGACACUCACCGUGAGACCCACCACAAGCAGCUGGGCCGUCUGCGGGACGAGAUCAACGAGAAACAGAAGCUUAUUGACGACCUCACAGAUCGUAAUCAGAAGCUGGAGUUGGAGCUGGCACAGCUCCAUGGAGAUUUUGAUCGUUUGAGGAGCCGCGAGCACCGUAAGAGCGAGCAGCUACAGGAGCUGACAUUUCUGCAUGAGCGCCACGAGCAGUCCAAGCAGGAUCUUAAAGGGCUGGAGGAGACCGUGGCCCGUGAGCUCCAGACCCUCCACAACCUGCGCAAGCUUUUUGUUCAAGACCUCACAACUCGAGUCAAAAAAAGUUCAGAGAUGGAGCCUGAUGAUAGUGGGGGGUCUACCACCCAGAAGCAGAAGAUUUCCUUUCUUGAGAACAACCUUGACCAGCUUACUAAAGUUCACAAACAGGUGAUGGAGUGUUACAGACAGCUGGUACGCGACAAUGCAGAUCUGCGUUGUGAGCUUCCUAAACUGGAGAAACGUCUUCGGUCUACGGCUGAGAGGGUUAAGGCCCUGGAGGGCGCAUUGAGGGAGGCCAAGGAGGGCGCCAUGAAGGACCGCCGCCGCUACCAGCAGGAGGUGGAGCGCAUCAAGGACGUCAUGCGGGCCAAGAGCUCCCUGCGGCGCCCCCACGCGGCACAGAUCGCCAAGCCCGUCCGGCCGGGACACUACCCUGCCUGCUCCCCCACCAACCCCCUGUUUGUGCGGGUGACUGACCCCCCCAUCGCCUUCAGCAACGUGCUGUUCCAGCGCGCAGCCCCCGCCCCUGCCCCGCCCUGUGUGCCCAGCACCCCGCAGACGCUGUCAGCUGAUCAGAGUGGCACUGAAGUCAGCUCCACAGACGUCUUGGACUCCUACCUGCAGAACGUGGAGAAUGGAAAUGCAACAGACAUCAACGACAACAGACGCACUGUGGCAGCGAGAUGGACGAGCCAGCCAGUCGCUACAUCAUCCAGCAGGAGAGCGCCGCCAGCUAGUGACACACAGCAGGAAACCGGUUCUUCCAGCUCUUCAUCAUCAUGUAGACCUUCUGUAAAUCUGUAAAUCUGCAUGUUGUCAAUCAGUGUUCGUACAACAGAACUCCCGGAGAAGCAGUGUACCCCGUUUCAUCGAGUAGACAUACAGUAUAAAGACGCAUUUGCUGUUCCAGUGUGUGCUGAUGCACAGAUCCCUGUGAGCUCAUCUGUGCCGUCUGAGUCCUGGAAACCUGUGAUCCAGCUGUUCCUGUUAACCUCCCUGCUACUGCAUAUUCAACUGUCACACCCACACACGUGCACACACACACACACACACACACACACACUCUGCAGAACACCUUUAACUGACAGCUAUUCACAUAUUA